AUGUCAUUUUCCUUGACAUUGACAACAUUGUUCCUUCGUGGAACAUGUACUGCUUUGCACUGGAUAUCCACUCUCCUGGAUGCAAGAGAUGCCCAAAUACUUCAGUUGAAAAAUGGUAUGGAUGAGGAAGACAACUUACAGCUCCAGACAUCAGAAGACAAGCCAGUGCUCCAGACUCUAGAAGAUGAGGAAGAAGAGUUGGUGGUCCCAGUCCCCAUUCCUCUUGCCUCUCCAUGUAACCUUCUUACCAGGCACCUCAAAAACAUGAACCCAGAUCCAGACAAUUCUACUGUACCUUGGCACUACUGCAUACAUCCAAUUAAUGAAUCUCAUCUCAACACCAAAGCUAAGAAAAGAAAUGCUGAUGAGCAGGAGCUCCAAGAGAGGUUCAAGAAGCCACAAAAACUUUAA